CUGAAUACACAUUCUAAAAACUACUUGUACUCAUUCCCACUUAAACCAGUAUUCAUUCUUGCCCUAACCGAGGAUUUCAAUCAUCAUCCCCUGCAAAACUCCAUCAUCAUCACCAGUCUUCCUUCUUCUUCUUCUUCAUCACUGCAUCUUUCUGCUAGAGAGAAGGAAAGACAGAACAUCACAUUUGAACUGUAGCGAUGGCGAAGGAGAACGAGCCUGCAAAGCUGCUACUACCUUACCUUCAAAGAGCGGAUGAAUUGCAGAAACACGAACCGCUCGUCGCCUACUACUGUCGGCUGUAUGCAAUGGAGCGGGGAUUGAGAAUUCCUCAAAGCGACCGUACAAAGACCACCAAUUCCCUGCUUGUUUCUCUGAUAAAUCAGCUCGAAAAGGAUAAGAAGUCACUGCAGUUAGGACCAGAUGACCAUUUACAUGUUGAGGGGUUUGCUUUGAAUGUUUUUUCAAAGGCAGACAAACAAGAUCGCGCCGGACGAGCUGACUUGAAUACAGCAAAGACUUUUUAUGCUGCAAGCAUAUUCUUUGAGAUUCUUAAUCAAUUUGGUGAAAUUCAACCUGAUCUUGAACAGAAACAGAAGUAUGCAGCAUGGAAGGCUGCAGACAUAAGAAAAGCUCUGAAAGAAGGAAGGAAGCCUGUUCCAGGACCUCCCGGUGGCGAGAAAGAUUCACCUGACAUGUCAACUACUCCCACCACCAAUGAAUAUGAUCUUCCUGAGUUUAGGCGUAGUGAUUCCUCUAUGAAACCCUCGCCAGAACCCAACUCAUCCCCACACCAAGCCUAUGGUAAUUCACACUCUCCCUCAUUUUCUCGUUCUUAUUCAACUGAGGAUUAUCCUUCUCGUAGUUUCCAACAGCUUCCUCCAAAUCACGUUUCUGAAGAUGAUCAUCGCUCUCAUAAUUCUUCCCUUCAACCUCCUCCUCCUCCUCCACCAAGUAACGAAUCUGAAGUCGAUUAUCAAGCUCAUCAUUUCCAACAACCUCCUCCAAAUCACAAUGCAGCCAGCCCUAGUUAUCCUCAUCCCCAGGCCCAGCCCUACAAUCAUCAACCCUACAUGCAAGAGACAACUUUGCCACAGCAACACUAUCACCAUCCUUCACAAGACAUUUCCUCGCCCUACUCAUAUCCGAAUUUCCAAUCUUAUCCUAGUUUUGCCGAGACCAGCCUUCCUUCCACCCCUUCUCAUUAUCCUUCUUACUACCAAGGCACCACUGAUGCUUCUUCUUCCCAUUCUGUGUUGUUCCAAUCUUCUAAUGUAGCGACCCACCCAUCAACGUCUCAUUACAACCCAAGCAACACAAGUGGGCCCACUUCAGAAUCCUCACCGCCCGGUUUGACCAAGACUUACCAGUACGACAGCAAUUACCAGCCUCCCCCUGAUAAAAUAUCAGAGGCUCACAAGGCUGCGAGGUUUGCCGUGGGAGCUUUAGCAUUUGAUGAUGUUUCGGUUGCCGUGGAUUACCUGAAAAAAUCACUUGAGCUUUUGACAAAUCCCUCCGCUGAGAACUGAUUGAUGGUUGAAGCCCAUGAAGAAAGGAGUUUGAGCUAUCAUGGCAUGGUGGGUGGCUUUGAGAUUUCCUGAUUUGAUAAAACAUUUGCUUUAACUGUGGAUUCAUAUCCAUUUGAAUGUUCAUAUCAAUUAUAUCUUCGGUUGUCAUUUUGAGAGUGCACGUAUGAUACUUGCAUAUACAUAAAUUCAAAACGGAACUAAAACAUUUCUGGAAUA